AUGAGGCUGUACGAGCCAUACCAGUUCCUGCAGAACCUCACAUUGGGCUACAGCAUCUAUGACAACUAUUUCAACACCCUUCACACUUCAGAUGCCUUGCUAGACAUGCUUUCUACUGGAGAAACCAAUGUUCCCAACUACAGCUGUGGAAGGAAGGACAAACUUUUGGCUCUUAUUGAUGGAGCUGACAAUGACAUCUCCAUUCAGAUGUCAACCUUAGUAGGCACCUACAAAAUCUCACAGUUCCACCCGUUUCUCAAGAAUAAUGAAUUGUGCAAUCUUUCCCUGCUGAAACUGUACUUGGACCAAAAUGGAGAUGUAGCAGCAGACCUGAAUAUCAUAAGCUGGAUGUUUCUCUCCAAAGAAGAUCCCAUCAGAGAGCAACUGGGCAGUUUUGAACAACAGAAACUUAUUGUCAACCAAGAUUCUCUGUCACGACUAAAGUUGCUCAACAAGUCUCUCCCUCAGUCCAAAUGUGUGGAAAGUUGUCAUCCUGGAUUUGUCAAACAGGCUCGAGAAGGAGAGCCACUUUGCUGCUACGACUGCAUUCCUUGUCCGGAGGGGACCAUCUCCACCCAAGAAGAUGCUGAAAAGUGCACCAAGUGCCCAGAUGAUCAAUACCCAACCAAGAACCGAGUCCGAUGUAUCCCCAAAAGAAUAAUCUUCCUGUCCUAUGAGGAACAUCUGAGCAUUAUCCUGCUCUUCUUUGCCCUACUCUUGUUCUUAACCACUGGCUUUGUUUUAAUCAUAUUCCUUAAGUACUUAGACACUCCCAUUGUCAAAGCCAACAACCGAGACCUCUCCUACACCCUUCUGGUCUCUCUCCUGCUUUGCUUUUCAUCCUCAUCUUUCUUUAUUGGAAAACCAAGAAAAGUCAUUUGUCUUCUCCGACAAAUAGUGUUCAGCAUUGUCUUCUCAGUAGCUGUGUCUUCUGUGUUGGCCAAAACAAUCACAGUAAUGCUGGCCUUCCUGGCUGCAAAGCCAGGGAACAAGGUGAGAAGAUGGUUGGGGAAGAGCUUGGCCAACUCCAUCAUCUUUUCUUGUUCUGGUGUCCAAAUUUUUAUCUGUGCCUUGUGGCUGGGAGUUUCUCCCCCAUUCCCUGACUCUGACCUCCACUCUCAACCAGGAGAAAUCAUUCUUCAAUGCAAUGAAGGCUCUGUCACCAUGUUUUAUAUUGUCCUUGGCUACAUGGGAUUUCUAGCUACUAUUUCCUUCAUAGUGGCUUUCUUGGCCAGGAACCUGCCUGGAGCCUUCAAUGAAGCCAAGCUGAUUACCUUCAGCAUGCUGGUCUUCUGCAGUGUCUGGAUCUCCUUCCUGCCCACCUACCUGAGCACCAAAGGAAAGUCUAUGGUGGCCGUGCAGGUCUUCUCCAUCUUGACCUCUGGUGCUGGGCUGCUGAGCUGCAUCUUCUUUCCUAAGUGUUACAUUAUCAUCUUUAGACCAGAUCUAAACACUAAGGAACAUCUAAUGAUAAAAGUAGGGAAAUCAAAUUGUCCUUAA